AUGGUCGAAAACAAUGAAAUGGAACUUUCUGAAGCCGAAGCAGAACAAUAUGAUCGCCAAAUACGAUUGUGGGGACUCGAAUCUCAGAAAAGAUUGCGCGCUUCAAAAGUACUCGUGAUCGGCUUAUCCGGUCUUGGCGCUGAAAUUGCUAAGAACACUAUUCUUUCUGGAGUAAAGAGUGUAUGCCUACAGGAUAACGAGAAAUUGAGAGAAACUGAUCAGUAUUCUCAAUUCCUGGCGCCACCUGAUAAGUUAGGGACGAACAGAGCUGAAGCAUCGUUAGCGAGAGCAAAAGCACUCAAUCCUAUGGUCGAAGUGACAACAGAAACAAAGGGAGUUGAUGAGCUUCCCGACAGCUUUUUCACAGAAUUUGACAUAGUUUGUGCUACAGGCUUAAAACAAGAACAAUUAGAACGUAUCAACAACGCUUGCAGAGAUUGCAAUAAGAAAUUCCUUUGCGGCGAUGUAUGGGGAAUGUUUGGUUACAUGUUCAGUGAUUUAGUGGAUCAUGAGUACUCUGAGGAGAUAGUACAACACAAGGCUGUCAAACGGGGAGCUGAGGACGAUGAAAAGAAUGCCCGCGAAACUGUGACAAUAAACGUCAAACGUCGAGCAAUAUAUGUUCCACUACAAAACGCCUUAUCCGCUGAUUGGUUCAAACCUGAAUUACGGUCGAGAUUACGUCGCGGUGACCCUUCUUACUUCGUUAUGAAAAUUUUACUACGUUUUCGAGACGAAUAUAAUCGGAAUCCCGAUCCAGCCAAACGAAAGGCGGACACAGAAAUUAUAUUCCGAAUGAGAGACGAGUUAGUGAAAGAGCUUAACCUUCCUGCUGGUUUUGUGAGCGAUGCAAUUUUGACUGAUGUUUUUGGUAUUGUAUCUGGUGCUGCUGCAGUCAUGGGAGGUGUCAUUGGUCAAGAAAUUGUUAAAGCUGUUAGCCAACGAGAACCACCACACAAUAACAUGUUCUUCUUUAAUCCAGUCAAGUGUGUCGGUUUUGUAGAAUUGUAUGGUCAAUGA